CAACAACUACAAUCCCUAAAAUAUCAACAACAAACUUCCAAACACAAACAGCAGAAACUAAAAUAUCAACCCAAGACUUAGCAGUAUCAACAACAAGUCCUGUAACCUCAGCCAGAAUGUCUUCAGCAUUGACUUCAAAAACUGCUACCUUGAGCACAGAACCUGCAACGUCAAAUAUAAGCCCAUUAACAUUGACCUCUGACUCUACCACAUCACCAUCGAUUCUUGUAACCUCAACCAAGGAAACAGCAAAGGUCACUACACAACAUGAAACAACUACAAAAUUGGGAACAUUGAAGACAAACCCCACAAGAACUUCUCAACAUGCAACAGCAACCACAAGCCUUUUACCAUUGAUGACAAAGAGUACAACAUUGAUGAUGGACUCUGCAUCAUCAAACACAAGACUUGGAACAUCAACCACAAUCACUGGAUUGCUCAGUAUCUACCAACCCACAUCGACCGAUAUCCCUCAGACAUCAACCACAAACCCUACAACACUGACCCUAAGCUCUACCACACUGGCAGAGAGCCCAACUGUAGCAGUCUCUGAUGCUAUGACAUCUGAAUCAAGUUCUGUAAAAUCAACUAAAACAACUGGAAUGUUCACAACAAGCUUUGCAACAGGAACUGCAAAUCCUGAAUCAUCGGCCACAAACCCCAUGACCACAAAGACACUACCUAAAAUAUCAACCACAGCCUCUGUAUCAUCAAUAAGAAGCCCUGUAACAUCAACGACAAAGCUUGAAACAUUGACCACAAAUUCUGCAACAUUGACUAUAAACCCUGUAACAGCAAUCUCUCCCCCAGACACAUCCAUGUUAAGUCCUGUAACAUCAUCUACAACGUCCAUGACAAAGUCUGCAACAUUGAGUACCAACACUGAAAUGGUGACCAAAAACCGUAUGUCAACAUCUCUCAAGAACACUGCUACUUUCUCUACAAACAUUGCAACAGUGACUGAAAUCCCGACAACACAGACUAGGAACCCAGCAACACUGACCCAAAGGCCGACAACACCUACCAUAAGCCAAACUGUAUUAGUCUCUGAUGACGUGACAUCCCAAUCAAGUCUUGCAACAUCAAAUAUCAAAUUUCCAUCAUCAACUACAAACUCUGAUAUAGUGACUUCAAUCCCUGAAAUAUCAACAACAAACUUCCAAACACAAACAGCAGAAACUAAAAUAUCAACCCAAGACUUAGCAGUAUCAACAACAAGUCCUGUAACCUCAGCCAGAAUGUCUUCAGCAUUGACUUCAAAAACUGCUACCUUGACCACAGAACCUGCAAUGUCAAAUAUAAGCCCUUUAACAUUGACCUCUGACUCUACCACAUCACCAUCGAUUCUUGUAACCUCAACCAAGGAAACAGCAAAGGUCACUACACAACCUGAAACAACUACAAAACAUGGAACAUUGAGGACAAACCCCACAAGAACUUCUCAACCUGCAACAGAAACCACAAGCCCUUUUCCAUUGAUGACAAAGAGUACAACAUUGAUGACGGACUCUGCAUCAUCAAACACAAGACUUGGAACAUCAACCACAAUCACUGGAUUGCUCAGUAUCUACCAACCCACAUCGACCGAUAUCCCUCAGACAUCAACCACAAACCCUACAACACUGACCCUAAGCUCUACCACACUGGCAGAGAGCCCAACUGUAGCAGUCUCUGAUGCUAUGACAUCUGAAUCAAGUUCUGUAAAAUCAACUAAAACAACUGGAAUGUUCACGACAAGCUUUGCAACAGGAACUGCAAAUCCUGAAUCAUCGGCCACAAACCCCAUGACCACAGUGACACUACCUAAAAUAUCAACCACAGCCUCUGUAUCAUCAAUAACAAGCCCUGUAACAUCAACGACAAAUUCUGCAACACUGACUAUAAACCCUGUAACACCAACCUCUCUCCCAGACACAUCCAUAUUAAGUCCUGUAACAUCAUCUACAACGUUCAUGACAAAGUCUGCAACAUUGAGUACCAACACUGAAAUGGUGACCACAAACCGUAUGUCAACAUCUCUCAAGAACACUCCUACUUUCUCUACAAACAUUGCAACAGUGACUGAAAUCCCGACAACACAGACUAGGAACCCAGCAACACUGACCCAAAGGCCGACAACACCUACCAUAAGCCAAACUGUAUUAGUCUCUGAUGACGUGACAUCCCAAUCAAGUCUUGCAACAUCAACUAUCAAAUUUCCAUCAUCAACUACAAACUCUGAUAUAGUGACUUCAAUCCCUGAAAUAUCAACAACAAACUUCCAAACGCAAACAGCAGAAACUAAAAUAUCAACCCGAGACUUAGCAGUAUCAACAAGUCCUGUAACCUCAGCCAGAAUGUCUUCAGCAUUAAUCACAAACACUGCUACCUUGAGCACAGAACCUGCAACGUCAAAUAUAAGCCCUUUAACAUUGACCUCUGACUCUACCACAUCACCGUCGAUUCUUGUAACCUCAACUAAGGAAACAGCAAAGGUCACUACACAACCUGAAACAACUACAAAACAUGGAACAUUGAGGACAAACCCCACAAGAACUUCUCAACCUGCAACAGAAACCACAAGCCCUUUUCCAUUGAUGACAAAGAGUACAACAUUGAUGACGGACUCUGCAUCAUCAAACACAAGACUUGGAACAUCAACCACAAUCACUGGAUUGCUCAGUAUCUACCAACCCACAUCGACCGAUAUCCCUCAGACAUCAACCACAAACCCUACAACACUGACCCUAAGCUCUACCACACUGGCAGAGAGCCCAACUGUAGCAGUCUCUGAUGCUAUGACAUCUGAAUCAAGUUCUGUAAAAUCAACUAAAACAACUGGAAUGUUCACGACAAGCUUUGCAACAGGAACUGCAAAUCCUGAAUCAUCGGCCACAAACCCCAUGACCACAGUGACACUACCUAAAAUAUCAACCACAGCUCUGUAUCAUCAAUAACAAGCCCUGUAACAUCAACGACAAAGCUUGAAACAUUGACCACAAAUUCUGCAACACUGACUAUAAACCCUGUAACACCAACCUCUCUCCCAGACACAUCCAUAUUAAGUCCUGUAACAUCAUCUACAACGUUCAUGA